AUGUGCGGGAAUAUUGAAGACAUCGAUGAUGGCCACAUGUUCGGAGCUUCAGUUAUCAUCGCUCGAGGCGGCAAAAUCGGAUUACGAAAGACCUACGGCACAGUAACCGCGAGCGGUCGAUCCCAUGCGAAGGAUGAUCUUUACCUCACCAUGCCUUUGAGCAAGUCUUCCACUGCUGCACUUGUUCUGAGGGCGAUUGACUAUGGGGUCUCACUCUCAACACGAAAGAAACGAGAAAUCACUGUUCGACAAUGCCUCACACACACAGCAGGCAUGUAUCCUGAAUUCAGCCCGCCCGGUUUGGCAACAAUUGAUAUUGGAGACUUGGAAACUUACGUCAGAAACGUCUCAGCAAUGCCUCUGCUAGUUGCAACAGAUACGAAAGAGCAAUCUUUCUCGCAGAUUGCAAGGGAAGAGUUGUUUCAGCCUGCUGGUACGAAAGAAACAGUCUACAGAUUGAAUUCGAAUGAUCCACGAAGAGUCCCAGGUGCCUUUCAAAAUCAUACUGGCGAGCUGAACAGUGACGCCUGGACGGCAGAGACCAGUUCAAACAGCCUCUUGAAUCUCCCGGCCAACUUCACUUUACUUGGAGGCUAUACAAGAGGAGCAGGUCAUCAUCUUACUGUUGGAGCGACAGCUUCGCCUGGAUCGUUCUACGCCAUCGGUGGAGGUUCAAUUAUGUGGUUCGUUGAUCCUGCCCGAGACCUAUCGAUUGUGUUUGUAAGUGUGGGUCGCAUCGAAGGGUUAGCGCAUCAGCUGCGCUUUCUAAGAUUGUUGACUUAG